AUGACGGCGGCAGAUACUAUUGUUUUGUCUACUGGCAAUACCAUGCUUCAGCAAGGCGUGGGUGCCGCCGACAAUUCCCAUACUGAACUUACCUGGAGUCUACGCGACAACUUCGAGGGGGCAAGGCAGGAGGCCAAGGAACAUUCUCAAGAGAAGGACGGCAAACAGAAUGGCACCGCUCAGCAAGCUGAUUGGAUCUCGUACUCCGACGACGGCAAGACUGUUUUCAUCCCACGCCUCGACUUCACUCACAGCUCUCUACACGAAGAGAGGGAACAAUACGACAUCACUGCAAAGGUCUUCUUCUUGUCCGAUGAAGACACUUCUGCAAGAGAAGAACAUCUGCGUCAAGCCAUUGAUCUGGUGAAAGAGGAGUUGCACAUGCCCAACGUCGAUCUCCUGAUUGUCUCGUUCCCCGGUGUCUACUUUGACGAGGAGAGCGAGUGUUGUCCAGACAAGAUCAAAAGCAGAGGAGCAAAGGAAUCUUCUCCCGAGCCUGUAGACAACCAGCUGGAGACCUGGAAGCUGGUCGAGAAGCUUCACACUGAUGGUAUGGUACGAAGACUUGGUGUUUCAGAGUUUGGCGCAAACCGAUUGCAACCCUUCCUCGAAAAGGCGAGUGUCAAGCCUGCAGUCAAUCAGAUCAGCCUGCGCGACUGCUGCAGCGUACCUCAGCCUCUAUCUAGCCUGGCAAAGAGCAAGAAUAUCGAGCUGCUGGUCAACAAUGACUCUGUCAACAUCAUGCCCCGUGGUACAAUCAGAGGACUUCUGGAUUACGGAGCCGCUGGUGUCCUCUCACAAGUCUCAGAGAAAAUUGGUGAGAAGAGGAAGCGACAAGAGAAUGGUCCCAAGAUGGAUGGCCAGGUCAUCCCUCAGUGGGUCAUCAAAUAUACCGCUGUUGUGAAGAACCGAGGCGUGGUUGAGAACAAAGGCUACUUCGCAUGCGCAAAAUACAUCGAAGUUGAGCAUUCCACGAAUGGACAUGCUCAGUAG